CGGACGGAGGAGCAGCGAGUCAAGAUGAGAGUUCAGCCGCGGCGGCAGCAGCAGCAGUGCUUCUAGACUGGGGAAGAAGAGCUGUUGAGGCUUCUUAUAGAUUCAAGAAUGAACAAUCCGUCAGAAACCAGUAAACCAUCUAUGGAGAGUGGAGAUGGCAACACAGGCACACAAACCAAUGGGCUGGACUUUCAGAAGCAGCCUGUGCCUGUGGGAGGAGCAAUCUCAACAGCCCAGGCCCAGGCUUUCCUUGGACACCUCCACCAGGUCCAGCUCACUGGAACAAGUUUACAGGCUGCUGCUCAGUCUUUAAAUGUACAGUCUAAAUCUAAUGAAGAAUCGGGGGAUUCCCAGCAGCCAGCCCAGCCUUCCCAGCAGCCUUCUGUGCAGGCAGCCAUUCCCCAGACCCAGCUUAUGCUGGCUGGAGGACAGAUAACCGGGCUCACUUUGACGCCAGCCCAGCAACAGUUACUACUGCAGCAGGCCCAGGCCCAGGCCCAGCUGCUGGCUGCUGCGGUUCAGCAGCAUUCCGCCAGCCAACAGCACAGUGCUGCUGGGGCCACCAUCUCAGCCUCCGCCGCCACGCCCAUGACGCAGAUCCCCCUCUCUCAGCCCAUCCAGAUCGCGCAGGAUCUUCAGCAACUACAACAACUUCAGCAGCAGAAUCUCAACCUGCAGCAGUUUGUGUUGGUACAUCCGACCACCAACUUGCAACCAGCACAGUUCAUCAUCUCACAGACGCCCCAGGGCCAGCAGGGUCUCCUGCAAGCGCAAAAUCUUUUAACGCAACUACCUCAGCAAAGCCAAGCCAACCUCCUACAGUCACAGCCAAGCAUCACCCUCACGUCCCAGCAGCCAGCAACCCCAACACGCACAAUAGCAGCAACCCCAAUUCAGACACUUCCACAGAGCCAGUCAACACCAAAGCGAAUUGAUACUCCCAGCUUGGAAGAGCCCAGUGACCUUGAGGAGCUGGAGCAGUUUGCCAAGACCUUCAAACAAAGACGAAUCAAACUGGGAUUCACUCAGGGUGAUGUUGGCCUCGCUAUGGGUAAACUGUAUGGAAAUGACUUCAGCCAAACUACCAUCUCUCGCUUUGAAGCCUUGAACCUCAGCUUUAAGAACAUGUGCAAGUUAAAGCCACUUUUAGAAAAGUGGUUAAAUGAUGCAGAGAACCUCUCAUCGGAUUCAGCGCUCUCCAGCCCAAGUGCCCUAAAUUCUCCAGGGCAGGGAGUUGAGGGCUUGAACCGUAGGAGGAAGAAACGCACCAGCAUAGAGACCAACAUCCGUGUGGCCUUAGAGAAGAGUUUCUUGGAGAAUCAAAAGCCUACCUCGGAAGAGAUCAGCAUGAUUGCUGAACAGCUCAAUAUGGAAAAGGAGGUGAUUCGUGUUUGGUUCUGUAAUCGCCGCCAGAAGGAAAAAAGAAUCAACCCCCCCAGCAGCGGUGGGACCAGCAGCUCCCCUAUCAAAGCAAUUUUUCCCAGCCCAACCUCAUUGGUGGCAACCACACCAAGCCUUGUGACAAGCAGCGCAGCAACUACCCUGACAGUCAACCCUGUCCUCCCUCUUGCCAGCGCCGCCGUGACUAAUCUCUCUGUAACAGGCACUACAGACACCACCUCCAACAACACAGCGACGGUGAUUUCCACAGCGCCUCCUGCUUCCUCAGCAGUCACCUCCCCCUCUCUGAGCCCCUCCCCUUCGGCCUCAGCCUCCACCUCCGAGACAUCCAGUGCCAGUGAGACCAGCACAACACAGACCACCUCCGCUCCUUUGUCCUCCCCUCUUGGGACCAGCCAGGUGAUGGUGACAGCAUCAGGCUUGCAAACAGCAGCAGCUGCUGCCCUCCAAGGAGCUACACAGUUGCCAGCAAAUGCCAGUCUUGCUGCCAUGGCUGCUGCUGCAGGACUAAGCCCGGGCCUGAUGGCACCCUCGCAGUUUGCAGCUGGAGGUGCCUUACUCAGUCUCAAUCCAGGGACCCUGGGUGGUGCUCUCAGCCCAGCUCUGAUGAGCAACAGUACACUGGCGACUAUUCAAGCUCUUGCUUCUGGUGGCUCUCUUCCAAUAACGUCACUGGAUGCAACUGGGAACCUGGUAUUUGCCAAUGCAGGAGGAGCCCCUAACAUCGUGACUGCCCCUCUGUUCCUGAACCCUCAGAACCUCUCUCUGCUCACCAGCAACCCGGUUAGCUUGGUCUCUGCCGCCGCCGCGUCCGCAGGGAACUCCACGCCCGUAGCCAGCCUUCACGCCACCUCCACCUCAGCCGAGUCCAUCCAGAACUCUCUCUUCACGGCCGCCUCUGCCAGCGGGGCGGCUUCCACCACCACCACCGCCUCCAAGGCACAGUGAGCUGGCAGAGCCGGGCUGCCAUGAGCCUUUCCCAUUGUGCAGUGUGCUUGGGCUGCCAGCCAGUGAAUCAACUGAAGACUGUGAUUGGCUGCCUCUCGCCGUGCUGUGAGGGCAAGGAGAGAAGAAUGAAAACACACGCCGGAAAAAAGGAGAGGAUGGAGACGGGACAGCAUUUGCCUAAUUUUGUAAUGAAACACUGUCUUUUCAGGAUUGCUUCAUGGAUUGAAGAACUUUAUAACCAAAAAUUAAAAAUAAAAACAGAAACAAAAAAAAAAUCAAAAACAAACAAACAAAAAUAUAAGUUGAAGGACUACUUAUCAUUUCCAGCAGUCAUGAUGACAAGUUAAGGUGGGUUACCAAUUCCAAUAUAGGAAGGGGAUUUCUUGUUUGUUUAAAUUUCUUUUUUUCUUAAAAAAAAAAAAAUCAUUUUUAUGGGUCUGUUGUACAGGCCAUUAAGUCAUAACAAGGUGUUUAUAAUCGUAUCAAUUGUGUUGGGGGUUCCUUUCUUAACUGGUACAAUUUAGGCAGGCCUGUAUUACUGUAUCUCUUAUUAUUGCUGUUGUUGUUUUUAUAUAUAUAUACGUAUAUAUAUAUAUAUAGUUUGGACAUGUUUAUCUCUUGCUCCUGGAUCCUGUUUCAGUGAGCUCCCACACUGUGGGGAGGGAGGGUUUCGGGGUAAGGGGAGACUUAUGUUCUUAACUGCGGGGAAUGUUCUUGCUGGUUUCCUUAUCCUUGAUGACUCUUACAGAGGUGCUAGAAAAUUAUUUUCUUUUGCCACUUAUGCAAGAGGCUUGGUGCAGAAGCUGAAGGCAGUGUGUGCACACACUCCUGUUCCACACACGCCCCUCCCCCAUCAGGUGGUGCCUUUGGAGCACUUUUGCGUGGGAAGGAAUUCCUGCUGAACUGUAGCUCUCACUCACCCCCACAUCAUUGAAUGACCCUGAGAUCCAGAUCCUGCAGUGCGACGGUGCUGCUCUCUGCUACUUUCCAUGGGAACAGCCGUGCGCGUUGGCAGGGCAGGAUUUGGUUCCGAAGAGCAAAGACUACUGCAGACACCUGACUUGGUGGUUCUCCUGAUUUCUUAUCUCCUGAAAAAUGCUCCUACUGUUGGUGUGUAUGUGUGUGUGUGUUUGUUCCAUUUUGUGGAAGUUGUUCAUCCAAACUCUUUUUAACUUACUUGGCAAAGAACAAAAUGACUUACUGAGACUGGGAGACUUUUCCCUUCUUUUGUUGUCUGAAGAAAUUCUGCUAGACUGUUUUCCAUCAGUUGUAUAUCCAGAAGAGGUGUGAUGAGAGGAGUCCGAGGUUACCACCUUUUCCUCUAGGGCGCUGCAGCCUUCAUAUCCACUGGCUAGCUUAUAUAGCCCUCUAGCCCUGCGGUUUUCCGGACUGAGGGUGGCGCUUGGUAGCUGUGCGUGGGCUCUGUGGAGUCUUCGAGGACUCUGAGCAGGAACGCUGCACGCUCCCCAAGUGCCCCCUUGGUGUGGUCCUUUGGCUCCUGCUGGCUAGGUCUGCGUGGCAGUACACUUCUCUGAUUGGUGUAGAAGCGAGCAGCUCCCGUCGUCGUCUUCAGGGUGUUUCUAGACUGUGUGAAAUGAGCCCACGGAAGAGGAGAGCUUGUGAAAGUGGAUGAAGAGGAAGGAGGAUUAGUAAUUGAGAGGUUGAAUUCCCAUUCUUUUUUUUUUUUUUUUUUUUUUCUUGUUGGUGUACUGUUACUACACUCUCUGUUCCAAAAGUCUCCCCAGAGACUGGGUCACUGCAGUGCAGCGCGUGUGAGGUCCCCCUUGCUGGAGUUGAAGGGUCCCCGUUUGGUGUCUGGGUGCUUGCUCGCGUGGCUGGCGGUCCUCAGACUGCACUUUCCCCCCACUCCUGGGAGCUGGGGCUGAGAGCGCCUACAGGUGAUUUCCUUUCGACUGCUCUGCCUGUGUCCGCUGGGGAGCCUGGGUUCUGUUUGUCUUUCCUCACCACUGCUCAGAAAGGAGUAACGCAGACGAGCGUGUGCUGCUUUGCUUUGCGAUUCAGGUGGGAGAGUCCUGUCACAUUGAAAGGGCAGGAUGUGUUCAGCCCCUUUGAAAUUUUUCCUCGGUUCUUCUGCCUUGUUUUCCUUUCAUGAGGCUGUUGAUUGCCACCCUGAACUUCCUCCUCUUACCCUUCACCUCCCCUAAAACUCCCGUAAAAUCAGUGAACUACAAGCAGGGAAACUAACAAAUGUCCAUCCACCCUUUUUGUGUGGUGUGUUUUUUUAUUUUUUUUUUAAACUAAGCUUGAACCAAAGUCAAUUUUUAGCAAGCUGCUGUACUAAUGGACUAGUUUAUAACGUGCAGUUCAGACACAUUGAGGAGAUAGAUGCUACUGACAAUUUCUUUUUCAUUUGUCUUUAUUAAUUUUAUAUAAAAGUUGCUGCUUGUUUUUAAUCUUUUAUGUUGGUAAAUUGUAAUAUCCUCUGGGCAGACAUGAACUUGAUUUUUAACUAGUUUAUAUAGGUUGGUGUGUAAAUAGAAUGGCAGUGUCACUUCCUACAUUCUCCUGUCCGUGUGCUUUGUCUCUGUUGUAGUUCAUUUUAGUCUUGUAUCCUGACUUGACACGUCAAACUGUAGUCUGUGCACAUGACUUUAGGGCUGUCAGUGACACUGUAGCUGCCCAUAGUGAUAAGUCCCUUCCUUGGGAGGAGGGAGGCAGGAGGAAGGGUUCAGGGAGGGAAAUGCCAGUGCCCACCAUAUAUAUAUGGAUUAGAGGUCAUAGUGUUGAUUUCCCAAAAUUGUUACCAAAGGAAGUGUCGAGUCCUGGGGGACUCUAGCCCCGUGGGUAGGAGGAAGAGCAAGGAAAGGCUUUGUUGUUGUUGUUGUUUUCUGUGUGGUUAAAAAAAAUGCUACUUUUUCCAAAUAAGAAUCACUAAGAGACUCUAAGAAGAUGCUGAGCUGUUGCGGUCAGGGCAGCAGACUUUUGUCUCCUGCCCUGGAUUCUGUCAGCAGUUUGGGAUAUUCUGUCUUUUUUGUGUACAUCACUUGAUGAGGGUAGACCUUAAACCAGCAUAAAAAUCGGCAUUUAAAAGAAGAAAUAAAUCUGAAGACAAAGGUGACUUUAAAUUUUUUCUCUUUCACUUAUUUAAAGAUACAUUGUGAACCGAAAGGUACUUUUACACAUGUACACAGGAAACACUAUCAUAGCUCAUUGGUGGGUGUUCAGUUUAAAAACAACUCCUCAUCACCAUCCCUAGAUAUUCUACUGAUUAUAUUGCUUCAUGAACACCAUAAUCAUUUUUUACUUUAUAUCAUCUUUUUUUAAUCAUCUCAAGAAAUGCUUCUUUAAUCUAGUGAACUAUCCUAAGCUAAGGUACUCAGACUUAACUUUCAGCCAUCUUAUAUGGAAGAGUCUGGAAACCAAAGGGGGCCAUUUGACCAAAAAGAGGCUGUGGUAGAUAGAGUUUCUGCAUUUCGAAAAGGAAAAGCCAGAGAUGCUCACAAUUCAUCGUUUUAUUUCCUCUUAACAUUUAUGCGGUUUUAUUUUAGCCCUGAAUUGGUGAACCUGAUGUUAAGCCAAAGACUAGUUCUAAACGCAUUUGCCCGGGCUGAUGGAGCGUCCCAGGGCAUGGUGAAUGUAAUUGUUUGAAUCCUGCUUCUCACAAGCAGUGCAGUGUGCUCGUGAACUUUUUUUAGACCCUGUAUAAAUCUGAAGUACAGAGCAGAAAGACCCACAAAGGGACUCUGCCUAGGAAGAAAUCAAGUGCUGUGAGGUUUCAUAGGCAGACUUUUAGAAUUAAGAAAAAAUUGUUUUAUUCAUUAAUUGACAUAAUGCAUACUUCCUUUUAUUUAUUAUCAGAAAGAUUAGCACCAUCCAGUUUGCUCGUGAAAUGGAACCAAAGGACUCCAACUUUGAUUUUGUGAAGGGCUGCACCUCUUUAUACUUCAUGGCAGCACUCGUAGGAAUUAACAGUCUUUUUUUUAAAGGGAAAAUAAGAUGAACUAAAAUAUGUUUAGUGAUUCCACUUGCCAGUUCUACAUUGUUCAUUCAUUGUUGGAGGAAAAGCACAAUUCGGUCUUUUUAUUAUUUUUUUUCCCAUUUUGCCUCAUUUACUUGGGAAGAUAGAGGAAGCCUUGUCCAUAAUUAUCCAGAAGCACAGAUAAUUGCUUGGCCCAAUGUUUAAAUUCAAUGUGAUAUUUAACACUAAAUUUUCUAUUUACCUUUCUAGGAAAGCCAGAUACAAUCGCAAAUAUAGAAAAUUUAUGUCAAUUUGUGAAAUUAUAAAUCCUAACAGAGAACAUUGCAGUUAGCAUCUAUAUAUAUGUAUGUAUAUAUCAAACGCUUGACUUACAAAAGAUACUCUGUAUAGUUCAUAGUCUAAGGUUGUUCCCCACCAAGAAAAAAAUAAGAUCAUUGAGCUCGGAAGGCAGACAGAGGAGAAGCCUCUGUCUUUUGCUUCUCUCCAGCAAAGGAGAAAUGCUGUCAAGGAGACGUGGGUGGGCACUGAACCUGGCGACGGUGCCCUAGAGAUGGCAGGGACCUCCACGGGCCAGUGCAGUCUGAGAACCUUUGGUUAAAGAAGGACCUCAGUGAUUAAUUGGAAGAGUUUGGUCAGAUGCUUUCUCAUUAAAUCAGCAUCUAAUCUUGAGGGAUUUAGAUUUUAAACGUUCCUCUUUAUUACAGCUAAAAACAUCACAAGGUGAUCAAUACUAAUGGGAGAAAAAGACCAACAACCUGAGAUUUAAAAUUACCCAAAUGGGCAAGAGUUGAUGGGUUAAUUUGCUCAUCGUGCUUACAAGUUCAAUUUUGUGUGUGUGUGUGUAAGAAGUGCUUAGUGUGUGUCAUUGUUCAGGCUGUAUUGAAGUCCUUUUCAGCGAGGAUGACACUGUAUGAAAUGGUAACUUUCCUCAUGCUUGCCUUCUCUUUUGAGAAGGGAACAGAAAUCCUUCCUUGCGCUUCCUCUCAGAGGACUAAGAUCAGCUAUUACAUAGGUUUGCACGGAUGGCACACACAAUAUAAAUGUACACCUGGACAGGCAUGGGAUAAAGGCUGAUAUGACUCCUGUCUCAUCCCUUCCUUAAUCCGAAGCAAUUCAGUGGACAACCCUGAGAUUUCUGGUAAGAUGCUCGGGAGGAUUCCAUCCGGAUGGCAGGGGAUUUGUUUGUUCUCAGAGUUGCCCAGCUUGCCUCCCAUUUCCUCUGGCUUGUGAACUGCUACUUUUCCCCUAGCCACCCUUACUCAUGAAGUAGCCCCCUGUUUUGGUUUUUCUACUCUUGAUCUUACCAAAAGUAGUAAACUGAGUGCAUCUGAUGUCAAUUCUGUGCCCUGGGUCUCUCUUUCCCUCUUUCCUUCUUUCUCUCUGAACGGUGGUACCUUCACCUGUGAGGAUAAUGCUCAUUGGUAACAGCUAGCUUCCGGCACCUUCGUAAAAUACCUCAGCGUAGCUUAGCAUUGUUGCAGAACUGGUUUUAAACUAAAAACCAAAUAAAUAAAUGAAUAAACUUUAUAAAUAGUGGAGAUAAUUCUAGCUGUAGCAUUUAGUUGAACUAAUGUUUAUUAUGAUGGAUAAACAUGACUGAUGCUGUAUGUAUUUGGGAUCCUGUUUAUAGGUUACAGUUUAUAGGGUUAGGGAGGGUUGGGGUAUGGGAAGAGAAGUUGAUUAUGUUAGAAGGAAAGUGUUGCUCAUGUGUGUUUGUUUUUCCUUAUAUCUGUCUUGCCAAAGGAAACUUGAGUUCCCCUGUGAGUGGAUUUGGGAUUUGUUGGCCUCUCUGUGGUCUGAUCUCCAGCACAGUGUGAUGGCAUGCAGGUAACAUUCGGGGUGUCCAAUAGGUUAAGGGUUCCUAAGGGCGCAUUGACAUCCCUUGCUAUGGCUGCCCAUGACCCCCAGCCACUGCCAGCCUCUCCUAAUGAUCAUUACCUCUGUACAUAGCGAAAGCUUAGAUGAAGGAUGAGUGCGUGGAUGUCGGGGUGGUGGCUGAGACAUAGAGGCGGAAGUAGAUGUACCAGUUAAUUUGGGGAGGAAAGGAAUGGUGAGUGAGUGAUGUGUCUUUAAUCUAGGAAAAUUAAACAGGUUCUUUUUGUUGCCCUUUGUCAAGUUAAUCAGUGUUGUGGAAUAGCCCAACAUUUUAAAACCUGAUUUCCUUUUCUCAUACCAAGGCUAAUUCUGCCUAAACCAAAAAACACAAACAGAAGAAACCCAAACUGAGAAGCUGAAAGCUGACUUGCUCACCUCACUCCUGUGAGAAGAGGUGACCUUUGCGCAUUGGUUGGUUGAUGGGAAUGUGAAUGAGAAAUGAUGCUGGUGCGGGAAACACUGAGAGCCCUUGGUGCCCAUUCUCGGGGGCGGACGUCCCGGCUCCCUGCGUUCAGAUAUAAGCUGUAUCUCCAGAAAGGCUAUUUUUUUAACUACAUGAUCCAUCUCACAGAACUUAAGUGGGAUUUGGUUUGGAUACCAAAGACACUGCUAUGUCAUUGCUUAUCCUUAUAUUUUCAAAACAGAGGGAAGAAGAGCAAAAGGCUGACAUUUGGAAAAGUUCUUACUUUGUCUCUUUCCUUUCCUUUUCCUUUCCCCCUUUCCCUACUUCUUACAGGAAGUCUUGGUUAUUCUGGCUUUGGAAAAGAGAUUUGCUUUCAUGCUGCUGGCUCUGUUAAAAAUAGAGGGUACUCCCUUGUAACAGUGAUGUUCUCGAAUUGCUGAGAGACUUUAGGAGGGCAAAAGAUGGUAGUAGACUCCUUUCCUGUCCUUUCCUUUAUCUAAUACUUACAAACAGGACCAGUACAACCUGUUUGAGUUCAGAAGCUGCAUAGAUGUGCUAGCUCUGUUCUGUCUGUUGUAAAGGAUAAGCAUUUUCAAGAGCAGGACUAUGUGACAAAACCAAAAGGUCUUCCCUUACUCUCCCAUGGAGCUGUUCUCUUCCAGAUGGUUUUAUAUGUAGGCGCAGGGGUGUUGAGUAGUCGGUUGUUUUGAUGUGCUGUUGAUAGGACCCAGACAGGGAGAGAGGGAAAAGAAAUAUAUUGCUCUUUGACUACUCCAUCCAAAAGUGAUCAGGUUGCAGGACUUUGCAGAAGCUUUACUAAUAAUCUUUUUGUUAUGACAUUAUGUACAAGUGGUCGAAAUAUUGUGGGACUUUUCAAAGCAUUAGGUAGGUUUAUACGUAAGGUAAUGGGGAUAUUGAACAUAAGAGCACUUGAAACAAAAGUUAGGGGAAAGCAGGGUGCGUGUAAGGGAACACCACUUUGAGCAUGACGCUCCCUGGGGCAGGGGAGGGGAGGUGUGGUUUAUGGCUCUCUGGUGUCCUUGAAUGUGCCCACUCUGCCCAGGGCUCCACCACCCAGCGUCACCUUCUGGUGCAAACCCAGGGCACUGUCAAAAAGUUAACACCCCAAAGCUAACUUACUGUAAAAAAAAAAAAAAAAAAGCUGACGUCUGCUGCAAAGUUUUCCCUUGUUUUCUUGGUUGACUUGUUCCUCAUCGUUUCAGUUGGCCACAGCCUCACAAAAGCAGCGACCUUGGGUUCUUAAAUAUUAUAUCCCGAAGUCUGCAGGCAGACAGCUGGAUUCAGUGCUGUUACAAAAUGAGACAGCCACACAGUGUAGUUCUUUGACGCUGGGAUCUCUUUGCAGAUGGUGCAGGACAGAGGCAAGUGAGAAAGGACUCUGUGCUCCAUCCCAGCCCUACAGUGUCUCAAGGUCUGAAACAUAGGAGGAAAUGAAAUGCACUUUCAGAAGCGAAAAUGACAGUGUCUGCCCUGAAAGGUCGCAGUCGCAGGCAUCGGGGUGCCGAGUCUUUGCUUCCAUUCCCGCGUGGCUCUGCGGAAGGCACACGCCCUGGAGGAGCAGAGUAGACUAGUGCCAGCCCGCUUAGGCUGCAAGCUGCAAACAGUUGCAGGAAGUAGAAGGCUUUGCAACCAUGUUCUAACAUGGACUUUGGACAAGAUUAUUGGUGUGUCUCCCACUGUGAGACCAGGGAGAGACAGGCUUCUUCCCACCCCUAACCUCUGCUUGCCUGGGCCUGUGUGCACUCUUACCGGCUCUGCAGGGCCGCGCCUCCUCCACGUUAGGCCACGUUUCCAUCUCGCUCAUCUGCGGUGGUAGCGAAGACUAGAUGUGUAAGUGUGGGGCUGUGUCCCCACCACAAGUCCAGGAGCUGUUGUAUACCUCAUUUCUAACUCGUGACUUGCUUUAUCUUUCUCUAAACCCUACAGAGUUGCCAAGUCCGCCCUCCCUCCUCUCACAAUGUUGAACUCUGGCCUAUAGCAUCAGGAGACCUGCAGCCAAGGGUGGGACCUCCCAAAGCCUCUGAAUGUCGCUGCUUAAAGCUACUGCAAACUGAGGGCAAAUUGCAAUCUUGUAUUCCUUUUGGUCGCAAGGGGUCUUCACCGGUCUCUCACCAUCGACUUUCCCUGCUCCCCUGCCUUGAGGGGCUGGCCAGCUUUCCACGCCUCCCCACCCCGCCCCACCCCGCAUUUCUGACUGCUGGCCACUCAGCAGCUUCUGUCCUUGCCUUGUCCCUGGUGGGCCAGAGACCCUCCCUUCCCUUCCCCUCGGAGGCCUCGGGGUUCUGUUUCCUCUCAGGACUUUGAGCAGAAGGGAAAACACCAAAGGCUCCUUUAAGCUGACUGCUGCAUUACACAUUUCACUUUUCCCUUUAACAUGACCAAAAAAAAGUCCAAAUAUUUAAGUUCUUUAUUAUUAUUAUUAAUAUUAUUAUUAUUUGACAAUCUUCUCCCCAUGGGCUCCCUAGAAGCUGCAUCCCCAGCCCCUUCACCUUUUCUUUGAAUGUAGUUCCCAGCCUCCGGUGCCCACCCCAGUCGUGGAAAAGGCUUAGCCAGGUCCUAGUGCUGCUGCUAUAAGCCAGGGGAGGGUGGUUUCUUUGUUUUGUUUUGUUUUUUUAAAUUUCCAGCCAAAACCAAAGAUUUCUUAAUGAUUGUAUAAACUCAAAACAAACAAAAAAACCAAAGAAAAGGGACGUCUUCAGCGUCAGCCCAGUCUGUGGUGUCCUGGCACCUGGAGGAGUGAGGCCAGGGCAGGCGGGGUCCUCUGAGCCGAUUGGAAAGGGCACAGGUGCGCGCACAGGGAGCGGCCGGGCCCCUCCCGACUCGGGAGCAUGCCCUGAAACAGCUGGCAUUUCUGAUUUUCCAAAACAAAAGAUGGAACCCAGCCGCAACCAGGGUCAUUGCAGGGACUUCACACCGGGCCUGGGGGGCGGGGGCAGCUGCUGCCAGACUGGCCUGGGACUCCACAGAGUGGGCGGAAGCUGAAGGCACUGGUGCAGGAUUGGCUGCUCUGCUGGGUGCUUUAACCUCUGGGGGCUGGGCGAGUGCACGCCCAGGGGCCCUUCUGAGCCUUUUUUUUUUUCUCUCUCUUUUCCUUUACUGGAACUGCUUGGAAGUGGCUGUCCUGUUUGUGAGAAAACAUGCAGAAAGAUGAUCAAGGCUUUCAUUUCUCUUCUCUUCCUUUUUGCAGCACCACCGUGCAACUAUGCAUUGUAUUUCACAACCUUUUGUGCUAGGUAGAUGCCUGUGACUUUUUAACUUGGGGGGUGGGGGGAUUGCAAACGAAGGAACUUUUUACAUGGAUCUUUUUACUCUCAGUUGAUCGGGGGAGGGGGGGAUUUGGUUCUAGGGUCAUACAAGCUCUAUCCCAAAGCAAAAUCCAAAUGUUAAUAAUAUUAGCCUGAUGCAGAUACCAAAGAUAAUUUCUUUCCUGCAGAACCUUAGACUUGUGUAUUAAGUACGAUUACCCAGCACUUGCAUUAGUCUAACCUCAGUAAUUCCAAAGCUUAGAUGUAUAUUUUGGUAUAUUUCUGGGAUAUUAAAAAAAUGUCGAUUAACUUCUUGUUUGUUUCAGUGUAAUGCUCUUAAAGUCAUAGCAUGAAAAUAAUUGAACUGUCCUAUUCUUAGUAGUUUGAAAUAAUAGUAUUUUUGUAUGUUUUGGGUGUGUCUAUGUAUGUAUUAACAUAACAGUUUUCACUGCCUAGGUGUUCAUAAUAAAAAAGAAAAUGAAAAAGUUCCGAGUGUACAUAAUAUUCAAUAACUAUCUUCCACCAGGUGUCAAUUUGGAUCGCAUAGUCGCUGAUUACUGCUCCCAGCUGGGAUUUUCUUUUGUUUUAAAGAGACAGUAAUCAUGUUUUUCUAAAGAUGUUUUCUUUCUCUUUGUCUUUAAAUAGUUUACUUAUCCCACUUUUCUUUUCUUCCCUAAUUUUUUUUUCCCAAACAUUGAUUCAGGGGUGUUUUUCCACUGUUGUCAAGGGGGGAGGGGGAACCGAGGGCAUUGGCUCCUUGGCCUCCCCAAGCUUUUUGUUUCUUGUACUUUAAAAAUGUGAGUUUGAGUUCUUUGUGGAAACUGAAGAUGUGGUGAAAAUGAUUCUUUCCCAACUUGUCGCAGCUUUAAGGAGGCAGUGCUGGUUCCCAAGUAGUUGCUGGGAGCCCCCUUAGGUGACUCUUGCCAUGUGGGUGGCUGUGGUGCAGCCUCUUCCCUCCGAUGGAACGUUUGACAAGAAUCGCCUGAUAACUUGCAGUACCUUCUGGGAGGCAAGGCUUGGUCUUCUGGGUCUUGAAAACCUGAAACACAAGCAACUUCCAUUCUGGGGAAUUACAGCUGAUACCUCCUGAGGCCUGAGGAAGUGGUGGGAACCUGAGCGGUGCUGUCUCUUAAAAAAAAAAACAAAAAAAAAGUGCCCUUUCUAUGAUCCCCCCUCCUGGGGCUGCCUGCAGGGGCCUGUAGGCUUGGGAGAGAUUGUGUAGGUGACAGUGAAUCAGAAUGGAAUGGUAGAUUUUGUGUAGAUGCAUUUGUCUGCUGUAAUUUUUAUAUAUAUAUUAAACUGACUGUAACUGUACAGUUCAUUUCUGUUGUAAAACAUCAUUAAACCAUUUUCCAAGUGUU